AUGUCAGCUACUGGGUGGGAUACUGGAAUUGUUUAUCAUGCUGGAGUACACGCGUCCAAGACUCCAAGCGAUUCGCGCGUCGUCAUUGAACAAAAACUCUUUAAAUUUGUUGAUCAAUUUCCUAAACAACUUCUGCAAGAUGAUACAAUACCAACGUUCCAAAUUUUGCUUCGUUCUAAUGAAACAGUUCAAGAUUUACGGAAACUUAACCUUGUUCGUGUUUCGGGCAUUAUCAUUGCAGCAACGAAUCUGUCUGCUAAAGCGACUAACAUUCAGAUAAUUGAUCCAUCUGGGAUUGGACCCAAGGACUGUGGACUUGAUCCGUACGUUGUAAUUCAUGAUAAAUGCACGUUUGUAGACCAGCAAAUUCUUAAGCUCCAAGAAUCACCAGAGUUACUUCCGGUUGGUGAUCUUCCACGUCACAUAACGAAACAAAGCCAUGGUAUUGGCACCCGUAUACCUUAUAUACGAGCCAUUGGUCUUGAACUUGACACUGAUCAAGUUGGACAAGAAUUGGGUAGUUUUACUCAUGCAGAGGAAGAAGAAAUCAUUGCAGUCAAAAAAGUUCUGGCUGAUGGGAUGAAACUCAGAGGCGACAUCAAUGUUCUAUUGCUAGGUGAUCCUGGUACUGCUAAAAGCCAAUUUUUAAAAUUUGUACAUCAGGUUGCACCAGUAGCUGUUUAUACGUCAGGAAAAGGCAGCAGUGCUGCGGGUCUUACAGCUGCUGUAGUUCGUGACGCUGCUACACGAGAGUUUCGUCUAGAAGGAGGAGCGAUGGUAUUAGCAGAUGGAGGUGUAAUAUGUAUAGACGAAUUCGAUAAAAUGAGAGACGAAGAUCGAGUAGCUAUUCAUGAAGCAAUGGAACAACAAACUAUUUCUAUUGCCAAAGCUGGCAUAACUACCAUUCUUAAUUCACGUACAUCGGUCCUGGCUGCUGCAAAUCCCAUUUUUGGUCGCUAUGACGACAUGAAAACACCUGGAGAGGAAAUUGCCAGACAUGUUCUGGGUGUACAUAUGCACCGAGCUCCUCCGGAAUCUGCUGUUGGCGAAAUAGACAUAACUAAAAUGAAGAAAUAUAUUGCAUAUGCGAGGCUAAAUUGUGCACCACGCUUGUCCUCAGAAGCUGCAGAAAAGUUGAGCAGUCAUUUUGUUGACAUACGCUCUGAGGUGAAGCAUAUGGAGCAACAAAGCAACGUUCGUUCUUCUAUUCCUAUUACUGUUAGACAAUUGGAAGCAAUAGUCCGCAUUUCUGAAUCUUUAGCUAAGAUGACUUUGUCGCCGCGUGUAACGGAACAGCAUGUUGAUGAGGCGAUACGCUUAUUUAAACAUUCAACCAUGGAUGCUUUACAAUCGGGAGAAGCAGAAGUGGCGCGUCAAUUGAAAAUUGUUGAAAAAGAGAUCAAGAGCCGCAUUCCUAUGGGUUCAAGAACUUCCACACAACGAAUAAUCAAAGAACUUGAAAAGUUCGUACUACAAACUCAAGUCAAUUCAAUUUUUAUUUCGAUUUCAGAAAUGGGUAAUGACGGAGGCUCAAUCCCUAAACGUAUUGAACUUGUUAAGGAAAAGCAAAAGGAAGCUCGACCAGAUCAAAAUGCUCUGAAGCGACCUUUACAAGUUCCCGUUGUCGCUUGUGCACUUGGAAAGUUAUAUAACAAAGAUGCAGUAUUAGAAUAUCUAUUAAACAAAAGUGCCUAUGGUGAUGGCGAUGACGUAAAGACGCUUAAUAUUGCACCUAACCCAGCCUUUAAAGAAUCUUCAGCAAGUGUUGCUCAUUUCGAACAAGGAAUGGUAUCUAGAUUUAUUUGUCCUAUUUCUAUGAAAGAAAUGAACGGCAAACUGAACAAUAAACGAAAGAAUGAUGACAACAGUCCUCAGCCAUCUAAGAAACUUGCUACUGAUUCCCAAGUAAGUGCAAGUAGUUCUGUGGCGCCUCCGAAAACCAAACAAUCCAAAGCAAUCCAAUCAAUUUAUUCCAAGAAAGGGGAUUGUAAAGUUACCGAAAGCUAUUUAGUUAGAGGGACAUUUAACAGAUACGCUGCAUAA